AUGGUCGCCCAGACUCGCCAUAGCGGCCAGCCAUCUCCAAAGAAGAAGCUCGCCUUCCACGAGAAGCUUGGUGGCAAGGGCCUCUCUACUGACGCUCUCCUGAAGAAACUCAAGACCCUCCAUACACAACUCGCGGCACUCGACCAAGACACGGUCGAUGUCGCCUCGCUCAGCACGGCCCGUAAAGAGCUCAUCAAUACCUCCAUCCUUCUUCACAAAGAUAGAGGGGUCAAGGCCUUCGCUGCAUGCUGCCUUGCUGACAUCUUGCGACUCUAUGCCCCCGAUGCCCCGUAUACUCAAGCUGAACUACGCGACAUCUUUCAAUUCUUCUUCCGCCAACUUUCAAAUGGGCUCAAGGGUCCAGAAUCAUCCUACUAUACCGAAUACUUUCAUCUCCUCGAAUCUCUAUCGACGGUCAAGAGUGUGGUGCUUGUUUGUGAUCUUCCUUCGGCGGACGAGCUUAUGGCCGAAAUCUUUCGUGAUUUCUUCGCUCUUGUUAGACGAGACCUGGCCAAGAAGGUCGAACUUUUUUUGGCCGACAUUUUGGUCGCCUUAAUCGACGAAUCCCAGUCCCUUCCAUCCGAAGCGCUAGAUACUCUCAUGUCGCAAUUCAUCGACAAGAACGCGCGCAUCGAACAUCCGGCCUAUCGCUUGGCAGUCCAAGUCUGCAACUCCACUGCUGAUAAACUCCAGCGUCACGUCUCUCAAUACUUCACUGAUAUCAUCGUCUCUCACGCACCUGAGGACGACUUUGACGACAUCCGCAAUGCACACGACCUUAUCAAACGCCUGCACCAUUCAUGCCCCGGCGUUUUGCCCAGUGUUAUACCUCAGCUGGAAGAAGAACUCCGCGCAGAGGAUCUAACAUUGCGGCUCAUAGCAACCCAGGUCCUAGGAGACAUGUUUGCGGACAAAGGUGGUCCUGACCUAGUCAAGAAGUAUCCCGCGACUUGGAACGCGUGGAUCGGGCGGAAGAACGACAAAAAUGUCCAGAUUCGCCUCAAAGUUGUAGAAGCCUCAAAAGCUCUUUUAACAAAUUUACCAGACCUCCGAGAAGUAUUAGAAGACAUGCUGAGCGCCAAGGUUAUGGAUCCGGACGACAAAGUCCGAGCAGCUGCGUGUAAGCUGUAUUCGCAACUCGAUUAUGAAGCGGCCUUGCAUCACGUAUCGGAAGCUCAACUGCGGGCAGUUGCUGAUCGAGGCAAGGAUAAGAAGCAAGUUGUGCGCAAUGAAGCGCUCAAUAGUUUGGGAAGACUAUACAGUCUCGCUUACCCAGAAAUUGAGAAUAAUGAGGCGUCAGCAAUCAAACAAUUCGCAUGGAUCCCUGAGGAACUUCUUCAAAUAACAUUCAGUACUCCUGAAGCUAGGUCUGCGGUUGAAAGGGUAAUGGCUGAAUACGUUCUGCCACUCCCUACACCAGCGAACGUCUCUGGAUCAAAAGGAAGUGAAAUCGACGAGGUCGCUUGGACGGAUAGAUUGCUAAGCACACUGAGAUAUCUCAGCGACCAGUCAAUAUCUACCCUGCUUUCUUUGUCUGGACUGAAACAGAUGUUUGUUGCCUUACCCUUGUCACCCCGUGAUUUUUGUUCGCUUGUCUCAUCUCCCUCCUUGCAGGGUGGGAUCAUCGACGAGGACGAGGAUGCAGUCAAACGGAAACUUGACGCUACAAUCGCGCAUCUUUCAGUUCUGUACCCGGAUCGGCAGAAAGCAUGCGAAGACUUGCGAGCUUUUGCAAAGUUGAACGAGAACCGACUUUACAAGCUCACGAAGACAUGUAUGGAUCCGCAAACAGACGUCAAAGCUCUAGUCAAAGCUACGAGUGAGUUUACUCGACGGCUAGACCAAUUAUCCACCACCAUCCUCCCUACGAUGACCGUUCUCCUGUACCGCGCCAGUUACCGCGUCUUGAACCAAUCUUCAAUACCCACACUGCUCAAGCGCGUGCAGAAGGGUCACAUCCGCCAGGCAGCUCUGCAUGCAAAGACACUGCUGACAUUUGUGUCGAAGCACUCACCAUCGUUGUAUAGAUCUCAUAUCAGCGAACUGACCAAAGCUAUUGCGGAUGAGAAACAUGAGACGUUGGUUGGGGUUGCUUUACAAGCUCUGGCUGGGGUGGUAAAGUGGGAUCAAACGCUGGCGCCUACAGACAAACGCACUAACGACCGCAUAACUCGCAUCGUGCUUCAAGAUAACUGGAGACAAUCAAAGUUUGCUGCCCGUUAUCUAGCCUUUUCAAGCAAUAAGGACGAGGCAUGUCUUAAGGCAAUCGAGUCCAUCGCGAGCGGCAUUAGUGACGGAUCAGACGUCCCUGUAGCAAGGAUAGCCGCUUUAGCUCAAUUCGCGAGAUAUGCCCCAGAUGCAUUCGAAUCGAAGAGCGAAGUUAUCAUGACGUUCCUGUUGAAACGGAUUUUUAUGAUACCUACCCCUCCUGAUCCGGUGUGUAGCGAAGAGUGGGUAGAAGAUGAGGAUGUGUCUGACAAUCUCAGGGCGAAGCUUCUUUCGUUGAAGGUGUGCAGAAAUCGCGGAUUGGCACACUCUGCGUCCGAAAAAGCUUUAGAAAUUGCAACACCAGUGCUCAAAAUGUUAGCCACAUUGCUUGAACAUAAUGGGUCUCUGGUACCCAAUGUCCAAGAAGAUCCCAAAGUCAUGUCUCGUAUGCGCCUUCAGGCCGCGAUAUCUCUUCUUCAUCUUUCGACCGUAGAAAGCUACUCGACGGCCAUUUUGCCCAAGUUUUUAAGAUUGGCUGUUGUCAUCCAGGAUUCUUGUUACAAUGUUCGCAUCAACUUCCUCACCAAGCUGCUCACGCUGCUACAACCUCGCAAAAUCUCUCCUCGUCAUAAUGUGAUACCCUUUUUAACUGUCCACGACCCAGAAAACGAGGUCAAGAAUAUGGCUUUAAUGGUCUCUGUGCUCCUCUGCGGUUUGUUCAUUAAUGCCCAAGCCGUGCGUGUCGAGCAUCUCGAAAUGACUUUUAUUCGCUUGCUCCAUGCCUUGGCCCACCAUCCGGAUUUCAACACAACACAUGACGAUUUGCUAGAUAUCGCAAAGUCAGUUCGCCUCGAAUCCAAUACCGCAUACGAACUAAUGGCAUCCAGAUAUGUACAAUUUUACCUUGAACUUAUGGCUACCCAAGACAAUAUCUCGCUUCUUUAUCACUUGGCUAUGAAGGGUAAGACAGUACGCGACCCUGAGGGGCAUACCUUUAGCGAGGCAAGUCGCCUUUCCCGACAGAACCUCUACAUCAUUUGUGAGCUGGCUCAGGAUCUAAUCAAAACCCGGGCGCAUGCGCACUCUUGGACUAUACAAAGCUAUCCAGGCAAAGUCAAACUUCCUGGUGACAUUCUCCGUCCGCAACCAAACGCGGAAACAAGCAGCAAGGUCUUGAAAACUGUGUAUCUCCCUGAAGAAACGAUAGCAUGGCUUGCCGAAUUAUCAAGAACUACAAAGGUUAGGGAGUCGAUGACUCGUGUGUGA